CCUGAAUGUUGACGACACCAAUGGCAGCAAUCAAGAUGGUCUACAUAGCACAGGUUCCCAUCCUGUGGGUCGUGACCCGAAAAGGGGGUCUCAAAGUGUCUUCUGAGUCACUAGGCUUAAACAAAGCAAGGGUUUCUAUCCAUGGGCUUAUGAUGAAGCUAAUGGGUUAUUAGUUGCUUCACUCUAACACAAUGUGGUCUGAUCAGCUCAUCCAUGCAAGAAGUAGAGUCCAUAAUACAGAGAUGGCAGUGUUUAAUGAACAGCCACCAUCACUCUCUGUCCCUUCCACAUGUCUGUUCCCUUUGAGAGAAAUCUGCCCGUACGAGAUGCCACUUCAUGAUGCGUCAGAGGGACAGUGAAAUCCGCAAACCCAUCUUUAUGAUGCCCUAGAGCUCUGUUGUUUUUCCUGCAACGGAUUGACACAGCUUCUGCUCUGGAAAUUGUAACAGAAGAAUAAAGUGUGAACAGAAGCGCAUGCACACACACAAAAACCUCCAAGGUCUGCAAAAGAUAAAAUAAAUCUUCAGAGUGGAGAAACCUUGGCUUGUGGGAAGACCCUAGAAGCGUCACAUCAUUUCUUUGGAAUCCCUGGGACGAGCCAGGCGUGGGGGGCCCUCCAUGGGGAGAGAGGACUCGCCCUGGGCACCUCUGCCAUCAUGAAGGUGGCCACCCUCCUUGUCCUGAUGAGGUUUGCUCUUCUGUCCUCAGGGAAGAAGUUCCGGUGGUGCACUCUUUCUGAUGCAGAGCAGAGGAAGUGCUCCGAGCUGUCCAGAGCCCUCCUGGCGGUGUUGCCUCCUGCCACGCUCAACGCCUUUGCCAGGGUUUCCUGCAUCAGGGCUCGUCACACAUACGACUGCAUGGACAAGAUCCGAGCAAACAAAGCAGACGCUGCCUCCCUGGAUGCUGGCGAUGUUUAUUCGGCUGUAAAGCUUUAUGGCUUGAGUGUGGUGGCAAAGGAAAUCUAUGCAGAAGGUAAUUGUGUGUUUGCCGUGGCUGUUGCCAGGCGAGGGAGCCUGGACAUCCGCAGGCUGAAGGGGGCCCGCAGUUGCCACAGUGCGGCCAAGUGGACCUCCGGCUGGAACAUCCCCUUGGGCUUCCUCCUGGUCACCCAGAACCUCUUGUGGGGCGAAGACCAGCCCCUCAGCCACGCCGUGGGUGGCUACUUCAAUGCCAGCUGCAUCCCUGGCGUCGGCAUAACCUCGCCUCCUCAGCUCUGCGUGCUUUGCCAAGGACAGAAGUCCUACAUCCGGGACAAGAACCACUUCUGUGAGACCGGUGGUGGUGAACCUUUCUACGGCUCGGAAGGAUCCUUCAGGUGCCUGAAGAGUGGGGCGGCCGAUGUUGCUUUCCUGGAUCAUCUCGCAGUCCUGAAUGCCACAGAAUCAGAAGAAGAAGAAUUUGAGCUGCUGUGUCCAGAGGGGUCCACGGCUCCCUUGACAGCCUACGCCACGUGCAACUUGGGCCGUGGGCCAGGGCGUGCGGUGGUUGCGCGUCCCAACUUCCGGGCGACGACGAGGAAGUUUCUCACUCUCGUCCAGCGCCUCUUUGGAGAGAAGGGGAAGGAAAAAGGCCGAUUUGAGCUCUUUGCCUCUGACCCGUUCAGAGGGAAGAACCUGCUUUUCCAGGAUGCCACUCGCCACUUGCAACUGCUGGAAGAGGAAGCGGGCCUCAGCCAUGUGCUGGGCCUUGACUACAUCGCUCUCCUGCAGGGUUUAGGACAUGAAGGGAGCUCCCUCUCCAACAGUCUGGUGCGCUGGUGUUGUAUCAGCGAUGCCGAACUUCGCAAGUGUGAGGAGUGGGCCCUCAGCGUCAGGUCAGACCCCUUGGUCUGUGUCCAGGCAGACUCUAUGGUCAGCUGCAUUACGAUGAUCAAGAAAAACGAGGCAGAUGCUGUUACGCUGGACGCUACCCACGCCUAUUUCGCAGAGAGAUGUGCGCUGGUUCCUGUGGCCGCAGAAUGUUACGGGGAAGAAUGCGGUCCCACUCAAAGGGAAGAGGGAACAGAGAAGCCAGCCGAUGCCGCAGCCCUUCCUCCACUCUACGCAGUCGCUCUGGUGAAGAAGAACGGCAAGCACCUCAGCCUCUUCAGCCUGGGAGGGAAGCGGUCCUGCCACAGCUACGAGUACAGUCCUGCCGGGUGGCUGCUUCCUUCUCAGCACACCCUGGGAGCCCUGGGGAACGACUCCAUCACCUGCAAUCUCACCGCUGCUUACCAGGGCUUCUUCUGGAAGGGCUGCAUGCCGGGCAGCAGCGGCAGAAACCUUUGCAAAGUCUGCCUUGGGCAAAAGGAGGCCGAGGGAGGCAAGGCGGCAUCCAGGUGUGCGGCCAAUCACAACGAACUCUACUAUGGCAACUUGGGCGCCCUCAGAUGCCUCUUUGGUGACCCUACUGGAAGAAGUUUUGGUGAUGUCGCUUUCUUGGAACAUCAUAAUCUGCUCGAAAAUAUUCAAUAUCUGGAGAGCUCGGGCUGGGCGAGGGGAUGGGCUCCUGGGGACUUGGAACUCCUGUGCCCGGAUGGGGGCCGUGCCCCGGUAGCAGACUGGAGGUCCUGCAACCUGGGCCGUGUUCCCCCCAGCAUCGUUGUGACACGACCGGUGACGGUAGCCAAAGUCCACAACUUCCUGGCCAAGUCCCAGGAGCCAGGCACCAGCCCUGCGUUCCAGCUCUUUCAGUCGCACAGGUACGGGGAAAGUGACCUGCUCUUUAGAGACGCCACUCGCCACCUGAUCCUCACAAGCCCCCUGGACUUUGAAGCCAUUCUGGGGGAAUCUUUCUUCCGCCUUGCAGAAUCUGUCUUCGACUGCACACCUGCCGGCAUCCUGGACUUCUGUGAACAGGAUCCUUGCACGGAACCCACCUGGCCCUGAUGGCCUGGCCGGAGCUCAAAGGGAAAGGAGACUGUCGUGCAGAUCUGGUUAUCGUUGCCACCAAGAGGACACCAAGAUGCCGAGGGGUUUUCUUUGGGGCCUCAGCCGCUGAGCUGUUUUCCAUAGCAAAUGCAGAGCCGGUGUGUGUGUGUGUGCUCAGCCACUGGUGCCUCUUGGAACUUCAGGUUAGAAGAGUAGCUUAUCCAACCGUUAGUCCACCGAGGAGCACAUUUCCUUUCCUGUUGAGCCACAGGAGUGGAGAACCACUCUGCAGACCACCAAGAUUGCUCCAGCUUCAGUGGUUUUCACCCAGAGGCUUGUCCAGAUCCGUCAGCACAGCUACUCCUCCAUGAGCAGCAUGGAGCAGAUUUGUCGGUGGAGCUCAUGGCAUCUCCACAAGGAACGCACCCAGUCAAGCCAGGGUAAAAUGCCACCCUUUCCCCUCACUCCCAACCCCCUUUUGGAGAAAAAGAUUGUAUUUGCUUGCGCGUUUUGCAUGUCCUUAACAAGAAAACCAUGGCACUUUCAUUCCAUUGUUCCUUGAACUGGGAGGAUGCUUUGAGUUCGUUGCUCAUUGCCGUAAAUCCCACGGCGUUUUGGCUGCUCCUGGGGGUGUCCCUCUGCGUGACGCCUGGUCUGUGGCACGGCCAGGCAGGCGCCUGCAGGACAGUCAGAAAAGGAGUGGGCACUGCUCCGGCAACAGCCCUUCGGCAAUCACAUCAUGCAGUAGGGGUCCCAUCAGGGGAAAUACGUUCUUUUACUCCAAUGUUCAAACAAAUGAAAACUUGGUGACAGCCUAUGGUUUCUUGGAUUAUCACUGCAUGCAUUCAAAGUUGCUUGAGAGGAACGCUUCCCGCAAGGGGCUCUACUUCUGGGAAGCAACUGCUUGGUAGGGCGUUGGGCCAUCCUGGAAGCAGGGGCCGCCUCUCUAAACGAUUAACCGAAAUCAGGCAGGAUCCACAGAUUCUGGCCACUAAGGUGCUCUCCGGCCCGGAGUGUCAGGGAGCAUUGCUGCAGCUCUUUACUUCCAAGAGCUGCACAGCGUGAAAACUCCUGGCACAUCUGCUUCUCCUUUGUAGCCUGUGUAGACCACGCAGUUGGCUUACUCUGUGCCAGUGGCAGAUGGCUUCGGAGCAUUCCUGAGCUGAGCCGCGGCGAUAGUCCUGCCCACUUCUCUGCUGUGCCUAGAUGAGACCCUCGGUUGCCUUUCAUUCCCCACCAGAGCGCCAAUCAGUUAGGGAGCUCCUCUCCGCAGCAUUCGAGUUUUCUUGCUCAGACAAGUCUGGAUAGAAGUCUCUACCCAGCUAGGGGUGUGGAAGACUUCGGCCUAAUAGUUUCAAAGGUAUUUAGAGCACGGUGACGUGUUCAGACGGCCCCUUCCUCUACUGAAUUCUCUCCCCCCUUCUCUGGUCAGGCGGCUGCCCUCCUCUCACUGGCGCCUACUUUUCAGCUGACCACUUCCUCCCAAAAGAGCUCCAUGUUUUGUUUUGAUUUAAAGA